AUGGGGAAGGGAGCGGGAAAGGAUAGGGGCAGCUCAUCUAUCAGCGUGUGGAAAAAGGACCUCGGGCCGAAUCUGGGGGAUGUGUUUCUAAGAGCCAGCUUAGAGCGCGGAAAGAAUGGGGAGAGGAGCAACCAACUGGGCCUCCCCCCCGAUGGUGGCCGCGGUGGUGGUAGCAGCCCCCCCGCGGGGGGCGGGGAAAAACGGGUGAGCCGCCCAUUUAGCAAUUUCGCCUGCAGAAACGAAUUCACGUUCGACACAAACGUUACGUGCUUCCCAAACUACAUGCACAAGUCGUCCCUACACAUAAAAAAAAAAAUAGACAUCUGCGAUGUGAUCGUUGAGGUGAGGGACGCCCGGUUGCCCUUCACCAGCACGAAUGACUUCAUCAUGGAAAGCAUAGAAAAAAAAAACAAAGACAAAAAAAGAAUCAUUAUCCUAAACAAGGCGGAUUUAAUCCCCAGGAGAGUAGCCCUAAGGGCAAAGAACAUAAUAGAGGAGAAGACCAAACAUGUGUGCCUACUAACGUCAGCCAAAUUUAAUAAGGGCAUCUCCAAAAUUAGGGACCUAUGUAGAGAAAUGAAGCCCCAAUUUAGCAGCCUAGGGUUAUUUGCCCUACUAGUAGGACUACCCAACGUAGGCAAGUCCAGCGUCAUCAACUCGUUUAAAGAUGUGACGCAUAAUUUAGCCAAGUAUGGGCAUAAGAAUAACAAAAUAGCCUUCGAGGUGAAUAGGAAGAAGGCCAAGACGAACGUCAUCGCGGGGACCACUCAGACGAUUGACACGUAUAAAGUUUCGCACAACCCGCUGCUCUACUUUGUAGAUACGCCUGGGAUUUAUUUGCCCAAAAUGGAAGACAAAGAAAUUAGCCUCAAGUUAUGUGCCUUGGGAAAUGCCCUCGAUUACAAGUACGACCAUAUGUAUGUAGGGGACUACAUUUUAUACACUCUAAAUAAACAGAUGCAUUUUAAUUAUGUUAAGAUGAUUGGCUUAGACGAACCAACCAAUGACAUUCGCUUCGUCUGCAACGUCAUAGCCACCAAGCUGAACCUCUGUAGGAAUUAUAAGUACCUUGACAUGAAUGGCGGCUGCCGCUAUUUUAUCGACUUGUUUCGCCUGGGCCUCUUCGGGCGCAUUUGCCUGGACAAGGUGCCCCGCUCCACUGAGGACUUUGUCACCUACUUUGACUUCAAUUCCGCGGAGCCCCUCGCCGUGGAUGCGCAGGGGGGACCCGCGCCGUUCCGCGGCCUGCUAUAG